AUGAUUUCAAAAAGCGUUUCAAAAGGACUCUGGAGGCAUCCGCAUUCACCUUUCUACAUCAUCGGGACUCUCGUUACUUGCGCCAUCAUCCUUAUCUUCAAGCGACAGUACGACCCAUCUCAACCAUUUGUGACUAUAAACGGGAAAAAUCACGGCGGACAGACUGAGAAGCCCGUUGAAACCGCUAUUUUACCAGACGAAACAGAGAAGACAUCCAUAACAGACACGCCAUUCAUCACCGAGACACCAGAUGAGCAACCAGAUCCAUAUGACGGUGGUUCCAUACAACCGCCAAAGAACUCGACGCACCAUGCAACACCUACCAAGACCAUAAUAACAGGCCACACUAAAGAUGAAGAUGUCGGCUGGAUACGUGAUAACUUCCUGGAGCCGGAGUACCUCCUUCGGAUCUACUCGGUCGAUGACUCUGAGUCAGCCGAUUUACACACGCCCAUCAACAAGGGUCACGAGGCGAUGCCGUACCUCACCUACAUCCUCACGCACUACCACAACCUCUCAGACAUCAGCAUCUUCCUCCACCCGCACCAGUAUGCCUGGCAUACCUACGACUCGCUGCUGCCGGACUCGGCCGACAUGCUGCGCCGGCUGAACAUGGACAAGGUCCAGCGCGUCGGGUACGCCAACCUGCGCUGCAAGUGGAACCCGGGGUGCCCGGCGCACAUCGACACGCACAGCCUCGCCGCGGGUGACGACAUGCCGGAGCAGGCUAUCUUCGCCGACGCGUGGAAGGCACUUUUCCCCAAGGAUCCGAUGCCCUCGAUGAUGGGCGCGGCGUGCUGCUCGCAGUUCGCCGUCACUCGCGAGACGCUGCAGAGCAUCCCCUACGAGAAGUACGAGAUGCUGCGGGACUGGAUCACAAAUACGGAACUAGACGACGGCAUGGCGGGCCGCGUCUUCGAGAGCCUGUGGCAGUACCUGUUCCUCGGGGAGGCGGUCGUCUGCCCCCGGGAGCACAUGUGCUACUGCGACUCGUACGGGCUCUGCUUCGGGGGCGAGAACGAGUACGCGCAGUUCGAGUGGCUGAGAGACCGCAAGAACGAGAUCGAGGGUAAGGUCGGGAGGCUCGAAGAGUCCAUGAAAGAGGAGAAGAAGAAGCUAGAGGGUGCCUGGCGUCCGAAGGACAGGAAAGAGCACGAGGACAGCUUGGACAAGAUGUCCCAGGAUCGGGUGAAGGCUCAUAACGAGGUCGAGAGGCUGACCAAAGUGUAUAACGAGGCCAUCGACCAGGCCUACGUAAACGGCCAGGACCCGGCCAAACGGCUCAAAGAGCUGGGCGGGAGGCUAGUGUAG